UGUAAACUGCGCACAUACAAAUAUUAAACAUUGUACUGAGACAGUUUCCGUGGAGCUCUAUGUACUUCGUCGUUCAAGGCAGCAUUUGGCACAGUGUUUUAAGAUUUGUGUGUGAAUUUCAUUUUUCUGUUACAUUUCUAGGAUGGCUUGAACAUUUUUGCCAAGUACAGGUAUUAAGACAUGCAAUGGUCGAAGUAAUCUGGAGCGAAAGCCACAAGUCCGAUGCCAGAAUAAAAUGAUUUUAGAGCUUAAUGCAAUAACGUUAGCGUCAUGGAUGAUACGGAAGAAAACGGAGAAGAGCGGCCAUCAAAGCGGAGACAUUCCGUGUACACUGAUGAUCCGCCAUCAGCACAGGAACCAUCCAUCUCAUCCCGACAGGCAAAACACCUAAAAGUGCAGUCUCUGCUGCGUGGACAUUUUAACGAAGAUUUCCAGCCGACCCGGGCAACGUUCCCGCUCGGUUUCCGUAAAGUUGUCCCUCCUUGUGAUCUUGAGGGCUUCUUGAGUGUCACCGCGACAUUUCGCCCGGUUGUGCCGCCGAAUUCGUACUUCAGUAUGUACGCCGAUGUGAGCGAUUCCCGCGAUGUGAUGCUGCAGAAAGCCGGUGGCGCGGUGUGUGCGGCGUACGAGAUCGCCUACGGAGACCAGAUUGCCGUGUAUUCCGCGUUCAUGGCGUCCGCCCUCGCAGCUCAGCAAAUACCGUAUCAACCGCAGACGUCGCUAAAGCGCUUUCUGGUGGGAAUGCACAAGAAACGUCAAAAUGACAAAACCCGCCUGGCACAGUUUGUCGCCAUGCUGCCUGGUUUUGAGGACAUCAGCCCGGCAGAUCGCAAUAUUUUGCUGGCGGAGAAAUCGUUUGUUACUAAUUUGCUCAACUAUAUAAAAUAUUGUCACAAAGGAGAUUAUUAUUACCCCUUACCGGGCCCCGAGCAGAUUCACGCCAGCAACUACUGGAUGGAGAUUAUGGGAUUGGAUCCCGAAUACAUUCGGUUCUGUUACAAAUUCAGUUCUAUGUUCAACAGAAUCGGGUUGACGCUAACGGAAUCCUAUCUACUGUUGGCCGCAGCGUUUUUUGAUCCAGACACGACCACCGCCUCGGAUAAAGCGUUACUCAAGCACCUAAAUGCGUUUUAUUUGGACGCGCUGAUGUACAUGAUCGGGUAUCGGUGCCGGCACCCGUGGGAGCGCGCUGCUGUGUACCAUAAAUUUGAGGAAGCGGUUAAAAUGUUCCACAGUCUACCAGCUGUACCUUCAAUGGUAUAAAACAGCCGAAGUCCAGGCUCUCCCUCCGUUUUCUCCGGCAUUACGGACGCUGGUUCAAGACUGCUUGAAACGCUAAUGUAAAGCAGUUUUGGAAAUUAAUUUUGGUUCAGUGUAAAGAUUUUGUAAAAUAAAAAGUUGUUUCUUGCACACAGCUGUAUCCUUUUACACAAUGGCUCACCCUGUUAAAUAAUGAUAUUUUUUAUAAAUUUUAUUUGAACAAUACUUUCCGGAUAACAUUUCAACCGUGUUAGUACUUACCAUAAGUAAUAAAACUGUUAGCUACGAUGUAUUGGCUUCUAAACCACAGCGCUUUGCUGUAUUUUCACUUCAUCAUUAUUAUUAUUAUUAAUUAUUAU